CACGGAGGAAAAGAUGAGCCGUGAGAGACCUGUCAGUCCCGGGGCGGGUUGGUGCUCGCGGUGGCCGGUUAUCGAUGCUAGCUGACCCGUGAAAAUGACUUUUGAGGUCUUGUGAGGUCGGGUUACCGUUCAGCCAUGUUGCAGGAGACCGAGAGGAGAGGGAGGGAGGAGGGGGGGGCAAGGAGGUGGGGGUAACGGCUGGGCUCUUGACACCUGCCCUCGUUCCCGGUAACCGCAAAAAAAUCCGUGAAAAACGUCUAAAUUGGCGGUUGAGCGGUAGGUGAUAGUCUCCCGCCAUCCCAUACCGGGAAAUGACUUUCUGACUCGGUGUGUCGGCGAGUCUGAGUGCCGUUCAGCCAUGUUGCAGGGGGAGGGAGAGAUAACUAGCUAACGGCGGGGCUCCGGGGGUUUUGACACCGACCGACCGACACCGAGGGGAGGAGGGGAGGGGGUUAUGGAGAAAACUGGUGCCCGGUCAUUUUCGCUCCCCUGGCGGAUGCGGAUGCGGUGGCGGCAGCCCGUACUGUGUCGCCUAGAGACGGAGGCAGGAGGCUGAACGAAACGGGGUCGACGAGGGUAACGUUAGUGAGUGAACCGAGGCGAUGAACGGGCUGUCGGUCAAUGAGAGCCAGCAACAGAGAAACCUCCCUCGUUUUUUCCUCUCUGUCUCCGGUUCCUCCUCUACCUCGAUCUCUCCUUCUCUUCUCUAUCAUGCUCUCCUCACUUCCAUAUGUUCAAAAACACAGUCGUCUUAUUUUAGCAACGCUGCCUUCCUCCUCCUCUUCUUCCUCCUCUUCCUUCUCUCUUGCCCUCCUCUCUUCUGAGUUUUGACUCCCUCUCUUUUUUUUUCUUUUUUACAAACACACACACAAACACACACACACACACACCGGAAAAUGAAGCGUGGGUCGAGUGUGUUGCAGCCUCCCUCUGAUGCAGCCAAACGACACACACACCCUGCAAACACACACACAAAGACACACACCAGCGAUGAUGCUCGCUCGCUGAGCGUGCCUGACAUGCGCGCCGAACACACACCGGAUGCACACGCCACGGGUUCGAGUCCCUUCCCAGCAGCCACCUCUCUCUUCAGCCCUGAUGUCAGCACCAAGAUGGCGUCCGACCUCCUCAUCAGGCUGUCAGAGGCGACCCAGAAGGCCCAGUUGCAUCCUGGGAGGCAGGCGGAGGCGGAGCCUCAGAGGCGUGAGGCUCUGCCGGAGGUGCGCGGUGGGCAGCAGGACGAGCCCGGCCUCGCUCUGUCACCUGACGGCCCUGGGGCGAGUCCCGAGCCACCGUCACUCUCACACACACCUGAUGGCAACGCUGCCACAGACACACUGGCUUCAGACCUGCUGAGGAAACUGGCAGAGCGGCAGGAAGUGAGCAGCCAUGUGGUGAGGGUCAAAGAAGAAGAAGAGCCCAUGGAGGUCGACUCAUUGGUUGCCUCUGACCUCAUCCACAAUCGAGCAGUCCCAAAAGAGAUAACCCCACCUCCCCCUGAGAUGGCGAGCCACCACCUCUUCAGCAUUAAAACAGAAGACCAGGUGGCGGAGCAGCUGCACCCUGGAGCCAAAAUGGCCGACCAGUGUCUCCAUGGCCUUAAAAUAGAAGACACGUUUUACACUGGAGGCUGCCAGCCUGGCUCUAAGACUGCAGACAGCGUCGUUUCUGGAGCCAACAAGUUUCAGUUCAGAGUGAAACUGGAGGAUCAUGGCCCCUCCGGAGCCAAGUUGGAGGACCGGCUUCUAUCUGGAGCCAAGCUGGAGGACCAGCUUCUCUUUAAAGCAAAACUUGCAGAGCGGCCGUUCUCUGCUGCCAAAAUGAGCAACAAGUUCCUCUCUGGGGUCAAGAUGGAGGACCAGUUUCCUCCAGGAGCCAAGAUGGAGAACCAGCUUCUCUUUGGAACCAAAAUGGAGAACAGGCUUCUUCCCGGGACCAAGAUGGCGGACCACGUUUUCUCAGGAGCAAAGACGGAGGAGCAGCUGUUCUUUGGAGCCAAGAUGGAGGACCAGUGCCUCAGAGCCGUGCUGUGGCAGGACAUGUCGGUGAACCUGGCGUCCACGCUGCUGCACCAGCUCUCAGAGAGAGUCAGUAAAUCCAACAGUCGUUUGAUGGAGAGGACGACCCCGCCCAUCAGAAGCAGUCCUGUUUUGAAGGUGAACGUGGACCCACUCCGCUCCUCCCCUCUUCUGAGCCCCCAGCAGCCUCCACAUGAAACCAAAACCAGCCUCAGCAGAGAUCAGACCACAGGUUGCCCUUACUUCUACAGGUGUCAUGUGUGCGGCUUUGAGACGGACAGGCGCGCCCUUUUCCAGAGUCACAUGACUGAGCACCGCCAAUGGGAGCACAGCUCCUUCUCGCUGCACUGCUGCGUGUGCGACCACUCGACCAAUCAGGAGGCAGAGAUGAGGGCUCACGCCAACACGCACAUACAGGGGACCACAGGAGCCAAUGGAGAGAUCAGAUGCCCCGUCACCCCUCCUGCCGCCGCCUCCAGCAGUGCUCUGUCAGUUGCCAUGGCAACCCAGCCGGAAAAUAGCACCUCUGAGCAUCGCUGCCGCAUCUGCCAGAGGUCGUUUCCAGGGCAACAGGAGCUGCUGGUUCACUUCCAGGGUCAUCGCCAAGGCAACCAGUACCGGUGCGACCGGUGCGGCCACCUGACGCGGACAGCCAACAAGCUGGUGGAGCACGUGCGCGUGCACACAGGGGAGCGCCCGUUCACCUGCGACCUUUGCCCGUACAGCGCCAAGCGGCGGGACAGUCUGCGCCUCCACUGCAAGGUCAAACACCCCGGCGACGUGCACACACACCGGUCGUACGUGCUCGGAGACAAUCAGCGCUCAAACAAACACGUUCAGCGGCUGCACACACCACCGAACACACACACUGCUGCACCCUCCUCCCUUCCUCCUCUUCAUCCUUCGCUCUCUGACCGGGCAGGAUGGAGGGAUCUGUCUCCUCUCCUCCCUAUCACCACACUCAUUUCUCUGAAACCACGCUCUCCUUCAUCCUCCUCAUCCUCCUCCUCCCCCUCCCCCUCCUCCUCCUCCUCCUCCUCCUCCUACUCGUCUUCCUCCACCAAACACUCUUUCCUCAGUUACCUUGGUCUGACAACUUCUUUGUAAAUGCUGUUUUCCUUUGUCUCCUCUCCUCUCCUCUCCUCCUCUCCUCCUCAUCUCCUUCUCUCUCCUCCCACCCAUCCUCUCCUCAGGUGCUUUUCUUUAUGCUAACAUGUCUCCUCGAUUCCUUACUUGCAUCUCCUCCUCGCGUCUAACCUCCCAGCGAGGAUUUGAGAGAGAGAUGCGUAGGAUACACCCGUGUUUCCUCGCUAUAAGCUCCUCCAAGAGCCUCCUCUCUCCUUGUCUCCUCAAGGUGCAUUUCUGGCGGAGGGGGAAACGAUGUCAGAGUCACAGGAGGAGAGAGGACGCGAGGAAGCGUGAGUUAGCAUAAUAAAAAACACCUCGUCUCCUCUCCUCUCUUUAUUUCUUCUCCUUUUCUUGUGUCCCCUCUCCUUGCCUCCUCUCCUCUUCCCCUCUCCUCCUCCUCUAUCCAUCGUGUGGACUUUUAAAGUGAUGGAUGUAAAGCUCUGUAAUGUAUCCGAGGUACUGUCACUCAACACUAUGUAUGAGAAUGUCAAUCAGAUACUGUUAUAUGCUCAAUGCACUGAAAACACACAGAUAAGGAACGUUUUCAAUUUAUUCGACUUUUGCAUCAUGCUCGUGAUUUCUGCUGCAUUCCUGCCUGCUUUUAGCCCGUCAUAUAACCACUGAACUCUUAGCUAUUUAACCGUGUGACAUAUUUAUUGCCUGUCGCUCCUGUCCUUCAGAAACCCUGCACUUUGAAGAUCCUCCCGUCGCACAUUUAAAAGCACGAGAUGCUUCGGUUGAAGAAUCAUUUAUUGAUCCUGAUGUUUUAUUGUGGAGAAAAUCACUGCAGCCAGGAGGGUGAGACGAUGUCACCUGUUUCCAUUUUAUUUAGAAAUGUAUGUAAUCUAUUUUUAGAUUCUGGGAGUAUUAAAAUAUAACUCGGUACAUUUACUCAAGAGGUGAACUUCAAGGUAGACUACGCAGAAAACUGUCAGCUUGGCAUUUUGCCUCGCCAUGUUUGCAUGUUUUUCGGCGCUGUAUCCACGGUUUUUGCAGCUUCCUCUUGGAUGCGUGCUGCCUUCACUGUGCCCAGGAUUGUCUCUGCAGAUAAAAACACCACGACAUAAUUCAACCCGGUCUCACUCCGAACUUGCUGAAAUCUGAUGCUUGGGCAGUGACUUGCGGCGUCAGAGACAGAUGAAAAAAGACCUUUAACGUUGGCAUGAUACGCAGCUGGAUGCUGUUAUAGUUUAACAGCGCCUGGGAGUGUCGGGGGGAAACGCAGCUCAACGAGGACUAAUGUGAAGGUGGCGACAGUCCAACUGGGGCGGGAGUGGUGGUGGAUGGGUCCAACAAACACCAACUUUCACCUGAGAGAGCGGGGAUCACGUCCCGUAAGAUUCUAAAGCCAAACCCUGUUGUUUUUUCCUAAACCUAACCACGUGUUUUUGUUGUUGAAGGAAAAAAAGACAUCAGUUUUUGUGUUGUACCAGUGUAGUGCUUUUAUUUUGAAAGAGACUGUAUGUAAAUGUAAGUGUACUUUGAAAGAAGACAAUGCAUGUAACAGGCAGAACUUGACACGGCGUCCCAGAACGUCAACAACCAACACACCCAGGGUACCUUGGACGUUGUACGUCCACGACCACAAACAACAAUAUUCAUGGCUGAAAGCGAAAUUAUCACCAACUUCGCGAUGGUUCCAAAAAGAGGAGCAGCUUCAGUAGUUGAAGUAAAAUUGGCCUUAACUUUUGUUCUUGUCCCACCGCGUUUCCCCCUGAUGCCGCCGAGCGCCGCUACACUAUGACAGCCAACACAUGCCAACGUUAAAGGACGGCUUUUUUCGUAGGUGUCUGGCACCAGGUGUCUGGUGCCCAAGCACCGGAUUUCAACAACUUCGAAAUGAGACCGGGUUGGAUUGACCUGUAAAACUAUAUCGCUCUUUUUGUUGCAAUCUGAUGUUCUUUAAUUAACAAUAAAACUCUUUUUUAGUAAUUUCUCGUAUCGUGAAGAAUAUUAUCGCAAAAAUACCCUGAAAUAUUGUGAUGUUAUUUUGGGGCCACAUCUUCCUACUUUUAAGUAAUUUCUUAAGCAAAACUGCCAAAGUGUGAUAUUUCCAGGUCGUCAAAUGUGGCGAUUUGUUGCUUUCUUUGGUUUUACAUUAUUGUAAAUUUAAUAUUUUGGGGUUUGGAAAUGUUGGUUGGAUGUUUUGUAGUUCAGACGAUUAAACAAAAAGGUAGUCUACGGAUUAAAAGGUUAGUUUUGGGCCUUGUCACAGGACUGAGACUCACAGUCACAUUUAAGAAGCUGAAACUAUUGAAUUUCUGUCAUUUGGAAUUUUCGAUUUGAAAUCAGUUUCACGUUGAGUUAACUUAAAUCACUCUGCUGACUUUACGGGGGGGUUGGAGUUCGAGGUUUCUGGAGGACGGUGAAGAUAUUUCUAAUAUUUGUGUUGUAUAUUGAUAAUAAUGUAUUUGUGUUUACACAUAACAACAUGAGGCUCCCAAGAGUCCACAAAUGUCUUAAUUUAAAGUUGCACUAUAUGUAGUUUUUGCCGAGACAGAAAAAAAAGAGUCAUUUUAGAAUAUUUAAGCGUUUAUUUUUCAGCACACACCACUCUGCAGCUUCAGUCCAGGGUUAUUUUAUCAACGACCACCUGAUCCAGCAGGCGUGAUGUCACUUCCUGUUCACCUGGGCAGGGUCAGAGAAUCUGAACUUUUAAAGCGUUAAACAUAAGUGUAUAAAAUACAUAGUUUAAUCAGUUUUGUUUAUAAUUUUACGGAAACUGAAACUAAUUUGUGCGCACACUUUAUUAGCUGAUGCUCUGGAUUUGAUGUCAGAUUAUACAUGUUGUCCUGUAGAGGGCAGCAAACGCCUUUCUGCACGUUCAGUCGGCCACAUGUUUGACAAACACGCUGAAGAACAGACUUCCUCUGUGAUGUUGAAAACUACAUGACUUCUCCUGUUCACUCACCGACUUUAUUCUGAAUGUUCCAUCAGUUUGUGUGAAAUGGGGUAAAAAACCUGUCAAUGUAAAACAACGAAAAAGCAGCAAACGUCUACGAAUGUUUUUUGUUGCCGACAAAAAUAUAAAGCUUUUCAUUAAUGACAUAUGUUACCUUAAAACAUAAAUACAUGCCACGUUAUUAACGAUCAAUAUAUAAAUAUGGAUUUUUGUUACUUACAUGUUAAAAUAAAUUAAAUGAUUUAAAGAUACAGAUGCAAAAUAUUUGUCAGAAACACUUUCAACUGCAGGACCUUAAUAUUCCACAGAGUUUAAAAUCCAAAAGGAACAUUUUAAGUAAUUACACAUAAAGGAUAAAUGCUGUGUACCGUAAAACUUCAGUAAGUCCCUUUUACUAGCCCCGUGUGGCUACACAUUUUGACAAAUAAAGGCCUGUCUCAAUUAGAGGCCUGUUGAUUUCAGUGAUUUAAGCAAAUAACAGCCCGGGCUACACCAAGUUUUACGGUAGUUUACUACAAUCUGUAAACGUUCUGAAUGUAACUUUCAGAGAAGCCUUGUUACUGAUGACACCGUUGGCUGUAAGUGAACUGCAGUCGGCAUCCUGUUGCUCACGCUCGCACUCCGUAGCAGUGAGCAAGCACCAAAGCAUCGGCCAAAACAGUGACGUGACGGACAAGAGCCUGACUUAUGUUAGUGCUGCCAAAUAAAUUACAAUCACACGUUUAGUGUGUUUAAUAAUGUUCCUGUAUUUCCGUGAUUCUAACCAGCUUACCGUUUGCAAAUUACUUUAUCAGCUAACGUUAGCAACCAACCAACCAACCGCAGAUCCAUGCAGCAUAGCUUCAGAGCUAGCUGUCUAACUUUAGCCCAGGUUUCACUAAGCUUGUUUCUAGCUAAUAGUAACAUUAGCUAAUAAAGUAAUUCGUAAACCAGCUAGCCAGGAGUAUUUUGCUAUGUUAGCUAGCUAGCAAUUUGUCCACAUUAGCAAGCAAGCUAACGUUAGCUAACGUUAUCCAGCUAAAAUCACAAUAACACAACGUAUUUUACAUGUCAGUGUUUACGCUAGCAUUUUUUGCGCUGAAUUUGAUUAAUUGAAUAUUUAUCAGACCACAAAUAAGACAAGAAUUAGCGAGCUAGCAUAGCUGGGGGACUGAGUCAAGCUGUAGCAUCUUGAGUUUAGAUGGUGCAAACCCCAGGACUAAAUGAAGGUCUGUCUCACUGGGCCGCUGCCGCAAAAUGUAACGGAAACAGCAUGCGUGGACUGUUGUGGCCGGUGGAGGUCGUUCAUUUACCGGUAUGUUAGCGGACUCCAUUUCUUAUCUAACGUUAGCUACUGUUGCACAGUGUUAGCGCUGUAUCAGAGCUGAAGAGAGUCAAGGCACUCGGUAACCUGCAUAACAUCACACCCUUUGGAUUUUACCGGAAAAUUCGUCCCGAGUCCUUCACAGAAAAGCAGCAGCCGAGAAAGUAACAAACGACUAACACACAAAAAACUAAAUAUGGCACAUUUAAGAAUUUGAGAGUGAAUGUGUGAUUAACUUAACCGUUGGUUCAUUCAUGUAGAAAUAUAAUUCUCCGUUUCUUCCACCAACAGGGCUCUCAUUUUAGUGUAGAGCGUCAGACUGAAUUUACCAACGCACCAUGUCAGGUCACUCACUCUCCGCGACCGCCAGUGUUACUUGAAUAAGUAAACACUGACCAACAGGACCAGACUGGCCGACCCGUAUGCUCUCACUCAGUGGACAUGACUCCCUCUAUUCUGGCUCCCAAUAACACAACAACAAGACCACAUUUUCAGACUUAAUUACUCGUAUUGCUUGAUUUUAACCACGAUAAUUAUAUCGUGUAUCAUGUCACGAAGAGUAUGAGAGUGUGUGAGUUCAAACAGCUUCGUAAAUCCAGAAUAGAAUUUGCUCAUUCUGACAAAUAAAACUUUGAUGAAAUUACGAUCCUGAUCCUGUAGGGAGUGACAGGAAGUGACGUCAGCACCUUUCAAAACCUAAACACAGAGCAGCUGUACUAGAAUAACCUGCCCACACACACACACACACACACACACGUUGCUUUAACAUGAACUGUAUCUCCGAUCAAUGGUGCUGAGAGCUGAUUUCUGCCUGCUCAGAUUUCAUUUUUAAACCGUUUAUUUUCACACACAAAGACGCAUGAAAUAAAAACCCUCCCCACCUUUCGACGCUCACGAUCAGCUCCUUCUUUUACAUUUUGGUUUUUUUUAUUACAUUUUGUUUUUCUCUGCUGUACCCUGUUACUGUUUACUGCUGCAAUGAUCAAUAAAGUUUAAUUUCAUCAGACUCACCUCGACUUGACUCAGCAGUGUAGGACCAUGGUGUUGCAGUGACAGUCUGACAUGUUUACUGGUGCGGACACCUUACUCACCGUGAGCAGCAGCAGCACCUCUCACUGGUACUACCACGAUUUGGGUCAUUCUUGUUUCGU